UUUUGUUUCCGGGGAACCCCCACCUGCGGGGCACUCGGGCAUUUCCUCCCUGGAGUGCAGUAGGCCCCCGCCCCUCACCUCCUUAGCGCCUGCCUUCCUUCCUGCCUUAUCACUCCCUGUGGUCGGCCAAACGCUCCCAGACCUGCAGCCAACACUGAGCUCUGCUGUUCCUUCUUGCUUUCUGCCUGCUUCCCUCGUCACAGGCCCCGCUUGGGUCUCUGGUGGACACCUCGGGGGACCAGUGGUCCUGGCUGUUGGAGCAGCAGCUUACAGAUCGCAGAACUCCCCUCGGGCCCUGACCGUGACUGCACCGGAGGUCCCAGGCUGCUUGCUAGUGGCCUCGUGGUCUGCGAGCUUCUCGCUGAAUUCCGAGGGGACAGAGAGCAUGGCUACAGGGGCACCAGUGUCCGACCGGGGUGACGCCGUCGAGAUGGAGGACCCGGCAUCCCGCUUCCAGGUGCAGAAGCACUCGUGGGACGGGCUCCGGAACAUCAUCCACGGCAGCCGCAAGAACUCAGGCCUGAUUGUCAACAAGGCUCCACACGACUUCCAGUUUGUGCAGAAGACGGACGAGUCGAGCCCCCACUCCCACCGCCUCUACUACCUGGGGAUGCCUUAUGGCAGCCGCGAGAACUCCCUCCUCUACUCGGAGAUUCCCAGGAAGGUCCGGAAAGAGGCCCUGCUGCUCCUGUCCUGGAAGCAGAUGCUGGAUCACUUCCAGGCCACUCCCCACCAUGGGGUCUACUCCCGGGAAGAGGAGCUCCUUCGGGAGCGGAAACGCUUGGGGGUCUUUGGCAUCACCUCCUAUGACUUCCACAGCGAGAGCGGGCUCUUCCUCUUCCAGGCCAGCAAUAGCCUCUUCCACUGUCGCGAUGGGGGCAAGAAUGGCUUCAUGGUGUCCCCCAUGAAACCCCUGGAGAUCAAGACCCAGUGUACCGGGCCCCGGAUGGACCCCAAGAUCUGCCCUGCCGACCCUGCCUUCUUCUCCUUCAUCAACAGCAAUGACCUGUGGGUGGCCAACAUCGAGACCGGCGAGGAGCGGCGGCUGACGUUUUGCCACAGAGGUUCAUCCAGUGUCCUUGAUGACCCCAGGUCUGCAGGCGUGGCCACCUUUGUCAUCCAGGAGGAAUUUGACCGUUUCACUGGCUACUGGUGGUGCCCUGCGGCCUCCUGGGAGGGUCCAGAAGGCUGUAAGACACUACGGAUCCUGUACGAAGAGGUUGAUGAGUCAGAGGUGGAGAUCAUUCACGUGCCCUCUCCCGCACUAGAAGAAAGGAAGACAGACUGCUACCGGUACCCCAGGACAGGCAGCAAGAAUCCCAAGAUUGCCUUGAAGCUGGCCGAGUUUCAGACUGAUAGUCAGGGCAAGAUCGUGGCGACGCGAGAGAAGGAGCUGGUGCAGCCCUUCAGCGUGCUCUUCCCCAAGGUGGAGUACAUCGCCAGGGCCGGGUGGACCCGGGACGGCAAGUAUGCCUGGGCUAUGUUCCUGGACCGGCCCCAGCAGCGGCUCCAGCUCGUCCUGCUGCCCCCAGCCUUGUUCAUCCCCACCACCGAGAACGAGGAGGAGCGGGUGGCCUUCGCCAGAGCAGUGCCCAGGAACAUCCAGCCGCACAUAGUGUACGAGGAGGUCACCGAUGUGUGGAUCAACGUGCACGACAUCUUCUAUCCCUUCCCCCAGUCAGAGGGAGAGGAUGAGCUCUGCUUCAUCCGUGCCAACGAGUGCAAGACUGGCUUCUGCCACUUGUACAAGGUCACCGCCAUCUUAAAGCCCAGUGGCUACGACUGGAGUGAGCCUCUCAGCCCUGGGGAAGAUGAAUUUAAAUGCCCCAUCAAGGAGGAGAUCGCGCUGACUAGCGGUGAAUGGGAGGUUUUGGCAAGGCACGGCUCCAAGAUCUGGGUCAACGAGGAGACGAAGCUGGUGUACUUCCAAGGUACAAAGGACACGCCCCUGGAGCACCACCUCUACGUGGUCAGCUAUGAGUCGGCAGGCGAGAUCGUGCGCCUUACCACACCUGGCUUCUCUCACAGCUGCUCCAUGAGCCAGAAUUUCGACAUGUUCAUCAGCCACUACAGCAGCGUGGGCACACCACCCUGCGUGCACGUCUAUAAGCUGAGCGGCCCUGAUGAUGACCCUCUGCACAAGCAGCCCCGCUUCUGGGCCAGCAUGAUGGAGGCGGCCAGCUGCCCCCCGGAUUACGUGCCCCCGGAAAUCUUCCAUUUCCACACACGGUCAGACGUGCGGCUCUACGGCAUGAUCUAUAAGCCCCACGCUGUGCAGCCAGGAAAGAAGCACCCCACUGUCCUCUUUGUGUAUGGAGGCCCCCAGGUGCAGCUGGUGAAUAACUCCUUCAAAGGAAUCAAGUAUUUGCGGCUCAACACGCUGGCGUCCCUGGGCUAUGCCGUGGUCGUGAUCGAUGGCAGGGGCUCGUGUCAGCGAGGGCUUCGGUUCGAAGGGGCCCUGAAAAACCAAAUGGGCCAGGUGGAGAUCGAGGACCAGGUGGAGGGCUUGCAGUUUGUGGCCGAGAAGUAUGGUUUCAUCGACCUGAGCCGAGUUGCCAUCCACGGGUGGUCGUACGGAGGCUUCCUCUCGCUCAUGGGGCUGAUCCAUAAGCCCCAAGUGUUCAAGGUGGCCAUCGCGGGCGCCCCGGUCACAGUCUGGAUGGCCUACGACACAGGGUACACUGAGCGCUACAUGGACGUCCCGGAGAACAACCAGCUUGGCUACGAGGCGGGUUCUGUAGCUCUGCACGUGGAGAAGCUGCCCAAUGAGCCCAACCGCCUGCUCAUCCUGCACGGCUUCCUGGAUGAGAACGUGCACUUUUUCCACACAAACUUUCUUGUCUCCCAGCUGAUCCGAGCAGGAAAACCUUACCAGCUCCAGAUCUACCCCAACGAGAGACACAGUAUCCGCUGCCCCGAGUCCGGCGAGCACUAUGAAGUCACACUGCUGCACUUUCUACAGGAAUACCUCUGAGCCCCCGCCGCCCGCCGGGGCUGCACAUUCAGAGCACAAGUGGCUUUGCCGCCGCCGCCGCUGCCGCUGCCACUGGGGGAGCAGGCGGGAGGGCCUGCGGCACCUCCUCCCGCGGCCCCCUCUGGACAGCACCCCCUCCCCCAGCCUUCGCCUUCGCUGCCCCCCACGCCUUUUCUCAGUUUUGUAAUGCUCCUGGGAUUUUUGCCUGCUGCCUCCCGGUUGCCAGGACGGAGGGAUGAGUCCCCCAUCCAAGAGGCACUUCCUCAGGCCAUCCCCUCCCCUACACGAGGUCUGGGAGCUGGAGCCUCCACCCCACCAGGCACCCCGGGAGGCCCGAGGACACUGGGCGGGGCGCCUGGCCCUCCGCACCUGGCCACAGGGAAGCAUGCGUUUGCCGUCCCUUCCAGACCCGCCCACUUCAUAUUGUGUUUUGUUGGGGGGCGUUUUUGAUGAUUAUUUAAUACAAAGCAUAGGGUGCCUAAACCUAGAAUGGGGUCCGCUCCCGGGCCGCGGAGUUCCACCCAGCCAGCACCCAGUUGGGGGGUGGGGGGAGCGGUGCGCACAGGGCCGCCCCCUCCCGCCGCCCCCCAGCGUUCAGGCCUGAGCCCCGUGGGUCAGUGUUCGGCCGGCCCGCCCCGCGCACGCCACCCCCCCCCCCACACACACACCGGGGCUCCCGCCUCGGAGCGGACCCAUCCCCGCCUCAGGGUUAUCCUUCCUCCCUGUUCCUUCCGCCAAGAGUUCUGCCGGGGGCGGGCAAAAAGAAAAAGAAAAGAAGCAAAAAAAGAAAAAAAAGAAAGAAAAAAAAACCACCCCACCAGAAACGAACCACCUCUACAUAUUAUGGAAAGAAAAUAUUUUUGUCGAUUCUUAUUCUUUUAUAAUUAUGCGUGUAAGAAGUGGACUCAGUAAACGAUUCCAGAUGGAAGCGCAGCCGCCUGCCUCAGGUUCCUUCCAAGCCUGGGGCUGGGGGUGGGGGUUCCUCUGACCUGGCGGGGUCCCAGGAGGUGCCAGAGCCCUAAGCUUGCUGGGGCUGUGAGGGCCUCAGGGAGGAUGCCGGGGUGACCCGAUGCAGCCCCCGUCAGUCCCCUAGGGACCCAGCCCAGGAUGUCAUGGCUGGCCCGGUCCUCGCUGCAGGCUUCCUCAGGGUGACAGCAUCAGCCAAGGUGCAUGUCCUUCUGGCUGGUUCCUCUGCACUGGCUGCCUUUACUUUGUAUCUCUGCUUGUCCAGAGGCUUGACUCUGUGGUUCCAGGAUCAGGGACCACCUACCAAGGAGGGCAGGCCAUUCCCUUUUCACAUUUGCCCUAGCACCCGACACCUAGGGAUACUGGAAGCUGCCUGAGCAGAUGGCACUCUGGUACUGAAGCUCCCAACAGCACCAUGGCCUCUCCUGGCACCUCCACCCUCUCCAUACUCUGGGAAGUUCUGCUUUUAUUUUUAAUGGCUUAACAAAUAAAACUGUAGUGCUUUUAAAAGGAUA